CAUAAGCCGUUUAUUCUUCUUCGCGGCGGCAAUUUCGCGCAUCAACUUGCUGUGACUUGAACAAGAUUCUUCUCCUCUUAUAUAUCUCAGUCUCACCGCAACAACAACACAACAUAAACUAAAAACAACAUUUAUAUUGCGUCUCUGUAAUUCAAACUUACCUGCAUCGACAACAGAUAAUAAAUCCCCCACCCAGUAAAUUAUAUUUUUUAUUUCAAAUUUAUUUAUUGUGAUUCAAAUAGUGAACAUAAAAAAUAGUUGGACACCACCCCAUUACACGUCUAAUUGCUUUGGGUCUAUCAGUACUACGGUUUAUGGUCACACUAAGCCCUCUGAGCCAAACCGGAACAGGUCAGAAUUUUCACAAGCAAACUUUUGAACAUUUGGUCAGUUUGCUAAUAUCAACAGUUGGCGUCCAGACGCUAGUCAUACAUUUUGCAAUAUAACUUCUGCUUUAAUAAGUGCACACUAAUCGUCUGAUAUAACUCGAUCAUAGCUGACGAACGUUCUCCAAUAUUUGAGAUCGAAGCUUAAGAAAUAUUUCACAAAGUCUGCCCGACAGUGGAGGUGUUAGUAAGCUAUGGCGCCGCAUCAUGAAGACAUCGCCGGGAUUGAUAGUCAAAAAAUUAACAUACACGUGGAGGAUGUCCUCAACCCGUCGACGGUGCUUACGGCAAAAGCCGUGACCAUGGUUGUUUUGUGUGUGGUCAGUACCAUUAUGGGCAUUAUUCCCAUCCAACUGGGCAAGUGUUUCAAGUGGGGCACCUCCGACAAAACUGGAAAUCCAAGAUCCUCGAGAAUAGUGGGAAUGCUUCUAGGGUUUGGUGGAGGUGUUUUAUUUUGCACCACAUUUCUUCACAUGCUGCCAGAAGUCGUAGAAAGCGUUGGCUUACUCUCCGAACGCGGUGAACUUCCCAAGUUCAAUUUUCCUCUCGCCGAAGCGUUCGUCUGCACUGGAUUCUUCAUAAUGUAUCUAGUGGAGGAAAUAGUUCACACAAAAUUACGCCACCGUGAAAAUCACGUAGCACAUCAUCCAGAAAAAGAUGUUAAUCACAGUACUAAUGAUUUGGUUGAAAAUAACCAAGGCUGUGCUGUUGGACAUACACAUCAUGGUCAUUCUCACGGUUACGGUCAUGGUCAUACCCAUUUACCGGCAGCAGCAAUAAACGAUCAUCAUGAUUUUGUAAUAAGUUCACUGAGAGGUUUGCUAAUAGUACUCGGCCUGUCUGUUCAUGAACUAUUUGAAGGACUCGCAAUAGGACUAGAAGGAUCUGCCAAUGACGUCUGGUACAUGUUUGCCGCAGUGGCAGCUCACAAAUUCGUCAUUGCCUUCUGCAUUGGAAUUGAACUGGUUGCUUCAAGGACACACCAGUGCUUAAGUAUUAUCUACGUCUGUACAUUCGCAAUUGUCUCACCAAUGGGUAUUGGUAUCGGAAUGCUUCUCGUCGGCGGGGAUAGUCCAGCAGCCAGCGGACCUCUUCCUGUAAUUCUUCAGGGAAUAGCUACGGGCACACUUCUCUACGUCGUAUUUUUCGAGAUAUUACAUCACAACCGCGAUGGUCUCCAUCAGUACUUAUCAAUCAUCAUUGGGUUUAUACUCAUGUUCGGACUACAGAUAGCAAAAGCUGCGGUGUCGUAUCAGACGACUCAAACGUCUUUACUGCUCGCGAAAAUAGCCGCGAUGUUUAUUCUCGGAAUCGGUUCACUGGGAUUGGGAAUUCUGCCCCUGGUUAUUGGACGCUGCAGAUUCAGACGGCGACAGAAAUGCGCUCUUUCAAAUUGCUCUAGCACUUCUACCGAAGCCUCUUCGACAAUUGACAAGACAGCGCAGGGCUUGCUGACAUCAUUAUUACUGUGUUUUGGCGGUGGAGUUUUGUUAUUCACAACAUUUCUUCAUUUGGCACCAGAAGUUCGUCAGAGCGUAGAACGACAUCAGUCAAACGGACAACUGGUCAGCAUUGGGACUUUAAGUAUGGCCGAGUUACUUUUUUGCAUUGGAUUUUUCCUGGUGUACUUUGUCGAGGAGACCGUCCAUGCGACUUUGACUGGAAAAAAUUCAUCUUCAGAGGAUCUACUCUAUAGAACUGUUUCCGUAAGAAGAUGCAACAAACAAGCGCCCGUCUCUGCGUCAACCACCACAAUAACAACUGUCGCGACUAGCAAAAAAGCCUCGUCUCCAACCUCUUGGAAUAUUGGAAAAUUGAGAUACGACGAUGAGGAUGAAGAUAAAAACAGUAACAGCAAAACAAUAAAUAGCGAAUCGCCGACUAGCCGAGGAGAAGUAAACAAAAAUGAUGUGCUGCCGGCAGUGUUUAUUCAGUCGUCACCGUCAAUGGAACCACCAGUGGACGCAGGUCGCGAAGAUGACCAGUUCGUUGCACCUCCUAGCUACCAUUCCCACGCACACGGAUCCCACAGUCACACUCACGCGGACACGUCAGUUCGCGGACUGCUGACAGUUGUCGCCCUGUCAUUCCAUGCGAUAUUCGAAGGUCUCGCGGUAGGUUUAGAACCUUCUGUUGGGUCAGUGGUCUACCUGGCAGCCGCAAUCGCUACCCAUAAAUUGGUGAUAGCUUUUUGCGUUGGAAUGGAACUUUAUGUUACCGGCGCCUCCACCAGAACAAUAAUCGGCUACAUGUCUGUAUUUUCUCUGGUGACGCCACUAGGUAUCGUCUCAGGACUUGCUCUCGGGUACUUCAAAAAUGACAGCGAAAAUCUCGGGACAACACCAACGAUACUUCAGGGUAUGGCUGCAGGAACUCUUCUGUACGUCGUGUUUUUUGAAGUUCUCGCGAGGGAGCGAGCCAACGAUAAAAGUGGGCUGCUACAACUAGCAGCUAUAAUUGCUGGAUUCAUGCUAAUGCUGGGACUUCAAUUAGCCACUUCCCAUGCACACUCUCAUGGACACGGGCAUGGACAUGGACACGGGCACUCACAUGGCGUUGAAGAGGAUCAUGCCCAUGAUCACACGGAACACGAUCAUUCAAUGACGUCAAUUAGUGAUAGUAUCAAUAGGAUAUCUAAUACAGUAACGGAAGCUGUUACUACAAUCAUGACCUCAACAGUAUCACCUAGCACCGAGGCAGGGCAAUCUUAAAAUAUAAUUGUUAUAUUUAAGUAUUAAUUUUAUUAUUCCUUAGACAAUACUCAAAGUUUGAGUUGUUGAGUUUAUAGAAACUCAACUUAAACGUCUUAUCAUUUGCUUAUUUACUCGUGAUACCGAGUUAUCAACGAUAAAAUAAGUGAUUAAUGAUGAUAAUAAUAAUAUAUAAUUAUAAAUAAUUGCUAAGUUUAGUUUUUAUAAAAGUUAAUUACGAAAUUAGGAUCUGCUGAGCAGAAGCAGAUACCCAGUUAUUUUUUUUUUAUACUUUAAUUAAUUAUAAGACCUUUACAAGUGCGUUAGACUUUUUUUUUAAUUACGAAAGUUUGAAAUAUUAACGGUAACGAUUCAUGAUAUUUAGUCAUGAAUACGUUUUAUUAAUUUAUAAUUUAUCCUAUGGAUAAAUAAUAUUUAUACACCGAUAAAUGACUUGUGACAAUAAAUUUAUAGAUAGCGAUAAUUAUGGAGAUAAAGAUAGAGAUAUAAAUAAAUAAAAGUAAAUCUACGAGCUUAUACUUGAUAAUAAAUAACUUUUUUUUUUAAUUUUUAAUAAUGUAAAUAUUUGAAUUUAUUUUCAUUUAUAUUACUGUUAAUUUACCAAUAAAUAUGUAUAUAUAUAUAUAUAUAUAUAUAUAUAUAUAUAUACAUAUAUAUGUAUGUAUGUAUAGAUUUUUAUUUAUAAUUAUAUUUCUACUUUUUAUAUAUUAAUUAAUAAUUGUCAGGAUAAUUUAAUUAUGAGCAGGCGUUUAUUAAAAAAAUUAAUUGAAUCUUUAAUUAUUAAGCAUCGCGAAGGAUUAUUUAUUAAUUAUAUGUAACUAAAUAUGUGCUGAUUGUAAUAUAUAAUUAUCUGGUGAACAAAAAAUAAUAUUUUAUAAAUUAUAAUUUAAUUUAAAGCCGCCAGAAAAAUAAAAAGAGUAAAUGCGAAUUAAAAAGUUUAUUUAAAUUAUGCUCCCUUUAAUUUGAUAACUAUAAUUGGUAAUUAAUAAUUAAUUAAGUUCGAAGGAACAGUCAAUGGUAAAUUU